AUGUUUUAUCUUUACAAUUUGAGUUUUAGUGCCGUAAAAGUUUUCUUAGAUGACAAUAAAUUUCUUUUUUUUUAUAGUAUUUCAUAUUCUCUAUCUUCAUACAAGCAAGGCCCUAGGAGUAUGCUUGUUCGUGAUAUCAAUUAUUUGAUUUUGAGUUUUGGUGCCAUAGAAGUUUUUUUAUAUGACAAUAUUUUUUUUCUAUUUUUUUUAUAUGUAUAA